AUAACUAUUUAUUCUCUCAGUCAACGACAGUCUCUUGUAUCCUUAUCCUUAUAUAUAUAUAUAUAUGUUAUAUAUAUAUAUAUAUAUAUAUAUAAGGGGAUAAAAAUCAAUGUUUUCAAUUAAUUUCGCACAGUUUAUUCUUUGUUAAUUAAUUGACUGAACUAUUCAUAAGCAUUUGGUAAGUAAACCUUUUUUUGAAGCGGGGUGAUUGGAAACCCCGACGAUCUUAUUAUUCAUCAAUCUGAUUCGUGUCGAGCAUUAAAAUUCUCAUGGUCACAAAUUAACAACCUAACCUGAAAAAGCCUGCAGAGCAUUGUGUCCUGACCUAAUAUAAAUCUACUCAGUAAAGGAUUUGGUUGUUAUAGAACAGAAACAUUAUUUUGAUACAAAAGAAGAGAAUCCAUUAAAAAAUUUUUUAUUACAUUUUCAAUAAUUAAAGAGAAGAUCUGAUUUCAUAAGUAAAAAUGGCUCGAACUGAAGUUAGUCUUAUAAUGAAAUACCUGAUAUUUGGUUUUAAUGUUAUUGUUUGGCUUCUAGGUGGAGCGCUUAUUGCGGGUGGAACUUGGGCAAUACAUGAAAAAAACGCUAUGGGAAAUAUUAAAUCGUUGACAAACAUAACAUUCGAUCCGGCAAUGAUAAUUGUAGUUGUAGGCAUAAUAUUAUUUACAAUUGCAUUUUUUGGAUGUGUCGGAGCUUUGAGGGAGAAUACUGUACUGUUAAUUCUGUACGCAGUUUUGGUCUUAAUUAUUUUUCUAACUGAGUUAGCGUUAGUAAUAGCCAUAUUUCUUUAUUCGGAAGAAUUGGAGAACAGUGUUAAAGGAAAAUUAAAGAAAUAUAUAGAAAGAUAUAGAGAUGAUCCAGAUAUGCAAGAUAUUAUAGAUUGGGUUCAGAUGGAUUGGUUGGGUUGCUGUGGAAUAGACAGCAAUAAAGACUGGGAACAUAACAUUUAUUUUAAUUGCUCGUCCGCUGCCCUUGAAUCUUGCGGUGUACCGUAUUCUUGCUGUAAAGAUCCUUACUCUUCUGUGGAGGAGAAAGGUAAAAAACUCGUUAAUCUACAAUGUGGAUAUGGAGCCUUAGAAGAAACUACAGGACUAAAUUUUGAAUAUAAAAAAGGUUGUUUUCCAACAUUUAAAAGUUGGGUUAAAGAUAAUAUGAUACCUAUAGCCGGUGUUGGAAUAUUUAUAGCUGUAUUACAGGUUUGUUUAUUCAACUUGCUAAAUAUUUCUCUAUUCUGUCUUCUCUCAAUCCUUUACAGAUUUUGGCUAUAUGUUUUGCAUGCACAAUGAAAUCAGACAUAAAUGCACAAAAAGCAAAAUGGAUAAGUAGUCGAUCAAGAAGGGUUUAAUUUGCAAGCCUUUUACCCUGUAAUUCUUUUUUAACAUAAUUUUAUAUAGAUAAUAUACAGUAUAUUACAUAUGUAUAAUAUGUAGAAAAUGUACUUCCUUUUCUUUUCUUUUUCGCUUAUUUUGCAUAUUUUGAACAUUAAUACUUUUUUUCUUCCUCUGUUUGCAUUAGUUGUUUAACAGCAUAUGAAUCUUGUAAUGUGAUAUUUGGUAUGUGCUAUAGCGUGUAUGAACGUUAUCGUACGAAAAUAAUGGAGACUUAUAUUUAAAAGCAUGAGAUUACAUUUCUACAAUAAAAUAUUUGCCUACAGCUUCUUUUUUUUUUGCUUUUAAACCUUUAUUUAAUUUAUGUUUCUUUUUUAUUUCUUAGCAGUUAUUUUCAGCUAUUUUCAUAAAAUAUAUAUAAUAUUA